UCCUCCAGUGGCAGCAGCUCUGUCAAAUUCACUCAUUUUGAUGGCCAUCGGAGUAUAAACAGUAGUUGUGAACACAGUUACUCGCUGUCGUGCUGUGAUAUGUAGUAACUUUACUCUCUAGCUGCACCAAACAGCUGAUAGUCUGCGACUUGUUGGAGGAUUUCUAACUUGUGACUCGGAUCUGCAGCUAAAAACAUUCAGUUCAUCUUUUUUUUGUUUUGAGCGCUUCUUCUUCAACCUUUGGGAAUUCAUGGAUAACUGAUGACUGGAGAACAUCUGGCUUUUUCUGGGCUUCGUGUCGGCGAUGGCGGAGAUUAUGCCGCCAGAGUCAGCAAGGUGUACAUUUUUUUUCUUAUAUGAUGGAUCCAAAGUCAAAGGAGAGGGCGACCCUACAAGAGAGGGGAUCUGCUACUUCUAUCCUGAAGAGACCCCUAUAGAUCUGCAGGAACUGCUCUGCGGCCAGCUCGCUGGUGUGGGUCGCUGUGUCUCUGAGCUUUCCUCCUCUCCCGUGCGCAUACUGAGGAUGCGCCGCAGCAAGUAUGCCAUCCGCAUGAAAGAUGACUUCUUCUGGGCUCUGGGCUGCUCAGAGGAAGUCCCCACCGUCAGUGUGUGUGAGCUGCUGGAUCAGCUCAUAAACCUCUUUUGUUUUUACAAUGGCCCCAUCCGCCAGAGCUACCAGCUCAACAGUCAGGUAGUCCUGGCUGCUAGAUGGGCCCUGUACCUGUCACACCUGCUAGCAGGGACGUCAGAGCUUCAUCACAUCUUCAGCUGCUUGAGGACCAUCGACUCAACUAACGUUGACCCACUUCUGUUGCUGAAAGCUGCUCUCAUUCUUCAGGCCUGCCAGCGCUGCCCUCUAGUGUUAGCAGGUUGUAUUCUCUUCAGAGGAAGAGUUGUGAGCACGCAGAUGACCCCAGAUCUCACAAUGAAAGUCAUGGUUCAUGAGAGUGAAACGCACCACAAAGCCCUGAAGCCCAAUGGACCGAGCACCUCCAGCUCAUUCGGUGGUGCUGUGAGCUCCACCACUGUGUUCCUGACCAUGUCUGAACUUCAGUACCUGCAGUCUGCUCCUGUCGACAGAGAAUUAAAGUUCUAUUCUACUCCAAACAAAGACGCUCUCCCAAAGAAGACCCGCCUGUCAAGAACGUUAUCUGACACACCCUCCUCUGAGUCCGAGCCAUCUGAUCCAAGUGCCUCCCAGUCUCCCCUGAAGGUGUCUUCCUUCAGCCCUCGCCUGUCAUCGUCAGACAACUCAGACUCAGUGUUCAGCCCAGCUCCAUCACAGAGCACCGCUAAUCCACUCCACCCUGCAUCCCCGUCCCUCGAGCCUCCUCUCUCAAAUGGAAAAAAAACCUCCCAUGAAGCAGAGGAGGCUCUGGAUGAGUCGUAUUAUCACAGCUUUCACAGCAACGGUGACGGAGGCAGCCGGAUACACGACGAAGGAGACGUCUCCGCGCUGGAAGAAAACUCAUCUCAUCUCAAUGGAGCAGAUGGAGACGCAGCUUGCGGGACAGUAUUUGACCUACGAGGGACGGAGUGUGGGAAUGAGGAAUCGUAUGGCGAUAAGGCCAGCCGACGUGGCAACGGGAGUGCAGAAGGCUACCAGGCUGAGACAGGAGAUCUCCCUCCUCUCUCUGGUGUUUCUGACAACGCAGACGAGGCCCCGCUGGUUCCCAUGACGCUGUACCUGCACCGGGUCAAAGGUUUGGUACUGGCCCUGCUGGUGGAGCCUCUCUUCUUGAGUGACACGGCUUCCAUGGAGGAAGUGUAUCACAGCUGCCUGGCAUCGCUGAAUGGACUGGAGGCCCAUCUGAGGACCAUCUCUCCAGGGGCCCCUGCUGCUCCAGGACUCUCCAUCUUUGCCCAUUUUGACUGUAUUCAGAGCACGCUUACAUCCAACCUGUCUGGUCGACCAGGGGGAGCCCCGGAGCAUCCUUUUGUCAGAGCCAUAUCACUUCUUCACUCGCAUUUCUGUAACACUGAAACUCUGCAGGAGGCUAUUAUCAGGAGUGCUGGCGUUGCCAUCUAUGGAACCCGCAGCGUGGCCCAGGAGACUUACUUCCUGCAACACGGGGGCUCCCUAAGGAAUUCAGGCAUCCCUAACCACCAGGAUAGCGCUUUCUCCCUGCCCAGAAAGGCUCGAGACAAACUACUGAAACAUGGAGUUAACCUGCGCUGACACGACAGCGACAAGAUGCCUGCCCUCAGUGUUCACAACAGGGGGAGUAUUUUGUUAAAAAUCUGAAGAAAUGUCCUGAGAGUAACGGUAAAGAGAAGAUUUAAGAAUAUGAUUUAAGGCUUCCUCUUGUCUUGUAGCUGCAGUGGUUAACAGAUGAUUUGCUAUAAUACACCGUACAGCGAAUCAUACUCAUAGCAGAACUUUUUUUAUUCUUAUUGUUCUAUUUGUAUCAUAACUAUGAAUUGGCUAUUACAAUAAUAUUCAAGUUAAGUUAACAUUUUUUGCCACAGUAAUAAGCUUCUGUUCACACACUGCACAUGUUUUGCAACUUUUUACAAGUUAAAGAUUAUUUCCGUUCAUCAACACUGAAUGUAAUAAUUGCUGUUGUAUUUAAGAUUGAAUCCUUCAGAAAAUGUAAGUUUACAGUUACUAUGCUUCUCCUUACUAUAAAACUGUGUUGAUUUAUUACUAUUUUCUAAAAAAUUACAAUAAAUGCUUUUAUAAAAGUUACUUUGUUUUUUUCAAAUCAACUCUCUGGUUUAAAAAGUGUUAUUUAACUACCUUUCUAUUUCUUUAUCCUUAAAAGUGUCAUUUAAAAAAAAGAAGAAUUGUAAUGUUUACUGAGUAGAAGUCCACUGUGAUAUACCG